AUGUCAACUACAUCUUUUGAAGAUUUCGAUGAAUCUUUAUUAGCUGAAGGUUUUAACGUCUUACAAUAUACCAAUGACUUAAUUAACACAACAAAUGUAAUUCAAGAUAAUGAUCAAUCAAUAUUUGCAAAUAAUAUAAAUACUUUGGAUUUAAACACACCGUUAAAGAAAUUAAAUUUUGAUCUAAAUGAAAUUAAUUCUUCAAUUGAUAAUUUAAUCAAAUCAAGAUCAAUCGAUUUAAUAAACGAAUACAUGAAAAAACAACAAUUUAACGAAACUGUAGAUCAGCAAUUGAAACCAAGUUUAGACUAUUUGAAUAUCUCUUAUGAUAGAUUAAAUGAUGAUAUUCUAAAACCAUAUGAAAAAAUACAAAAACUACAAAAUGUAUUAAAUAAAAUUCACCAAACCUCGAAUUUACUAAGAGAUUCUUUGGUUUUCGUACAUUUGAUAAAUAAAUUGAAUAGAAUUAAUUUAUCCAUAAACAAUUGUCAGGAAUUAUCAAUUAUCCAUUCACAAUUAUCAAUGAUAUUAAAUGAAAAUGUCAAUUUAAUUACUUUAAAAUUGAUCAAAAAUCUAAAUUCUUCAAUUGUCAUUCCAAAUAAGAAAAAUCUAUUGAAUUUCGUAUCUCUGUCAUUGACUAACGAGUCUUUGAAAUUGGAUGACACUUCAAUUAACACUUCCGUAGAUAGCCCAAUUGCAAAAUUAUCAAAUUCAUUGUUCAUAUUAUCGCCAAUGGAUUUUACAAAUACUUACUCUAAAAUCGUCCAAUCUAUAGCGUCAACUACAACUAAUCAAUUGUCAAAAACAAUUAACUCUGUGAAAAAUUUACCAAAUGUUUAUAAAGACGUCGUAAUUAAAAACGCAUUGGUUAUAAAUUCUUUAGAGACACUGUUGAAAAAUAUCAAAUUAGAAAAUAAUGGUAAUUCUAAUCUAUUAAAUGAAUUUAUUUCUUUACAGAGAAAGAAGGGAAGCUACUCUUAUCAAAGUUCAAACAAAUUAAAUAAAAGUUUAUCAGAAUUAUAUUGGAGCUCAAUAUCAAAUAGUUAUAAAAAAGAAUUAGAAAUUUCAAUUAAUAGAGGUGGUCCUGUAGGGAAAUCAUUAAUAAAUAAUAAAAAUCUAAUAUUAAAUGUGAUAAACGAAAAUAUGAAGGAAAAGUUCAAUAUAGAGAGUACAAAUGUCUCGUUUGAAAAUUAUCUUGAUAUAAUGCUAAGCUCAAUAAGUAUAUUAUCUAAAUAA